AUGCCUCCACAGAGGGAGAGAAGCCAUCUGAAGAGAGAAAGGGGCAAUGCAGUUCCGGACCAAGAAUCAAAGAAACCACGGAGAUCUCCUCGAAUCUCAUCCCAAUUGCAGCAAGAUGUCGGAUAUCUACCCUCUCCCCUAGCCAAUGAAAUAGUCACCGAAGAAAAACGUGAGGUUGCUACAGUUUCUCCCCCAGAAGAGAGCCGAAACCAGGCGCCUCGAGGUCAAUCACCAGACGAAUCUUCAUGUCCCACCCAGGGUUUUUCUCAGUACCCUCCCAUACAAUCCAUUGACGAUGUGGAAGACGAGGCCGCCCAGGGCAUAUGGGGAUAUCUUACUCCGUUGGAUAACAAUUUUGGAGGCCAAUUGGUUCUGAAGAAGAGAGACAGCACGAAUACUACACCGGUAAUUGGAGCGGCAUCGGGCAUAUCAACACCAGAAAGCACCACCUCAAAACGUGGAACCAGAGAGAUAAGCCGUGCUGGAUAUCUAAUAGGCCGGCACGCUGAAUGCGAUUUCAGGAUCAAACUCCCUACGAUAUCCAACCGUCACUGUCUGAUAUUUCACGAAAACAGAGGAGGGGACUUCGUUGCAAUUGUAGAAGAUCUCUCUAUCAAUGGCACAUUCAUCAACGACGCAAUCAUCGGCAGGAACAAGCGCCGAGAGCUCGAAAAUGGCGACGAAAUUACCAUCUUGCAGGAAUCUAGGUUCAUAUUCAACUACCCGCGAAAUCGGAACACAAGUAAGUUCCGCCAACAGUAUAAACUCUUCGAGAUGUUGGGUAAGGGUCACUUUGCCUCAGUCUAUCUAUGCGCUGAGCGCUCUACCGGGGUUAAAUUUGCUGUCAAACAUUUUGAGAAGCGCCCAGGCGCCGUUCAGAGGCUGGAUCGCGAGGCGUUACAGCAAGAGAUUUCAAUGCUGAUGAGCGUCAAUCAUCCGAAUAUGCUGUGUCUGAAGGAUACCUUUGACGAGAAUGACGGAGUUUACCUAGUUCUUGAACUUGCACCGGAAGGCGAACUGUUUAACUGGAUCAUUAGACAUCAGAAGCUUACCGACGAGGAAACACGAAAAGUGUUCAUUCAGCUCUUCGAGGGUUUGAAAUACCUACAUGAACGAAACAUCAUCCAUCGUGACAUCAAGCCAGAGAACAUCCUGGUAGUCGACACAAAUCUCACCGUAAAGCUGGCUGACUUUGGCCUUGCAAAGAUUGUUGGCGAGCACUCAUUCACCACCACUCUAUGUGGAACGCCUGGCUGUAAGUUCACUUACGUUGCCCCUGAAAUAUUAGCAGAAAACGCUGAAGAUAGGAUGUACACCCGAGCCGUUGACAUCUGGUCACUUGGAGUUGUGCUUUACAUCUGCCUCUGUGGAUUUCCUCCAUUCUCAGACGAGCUAUACGACCCAAGGCACUUCCCAUACAACCAGAAAAUGCAGAUCCAACACGGAUACUUUAACUUUCCUUCCCCAUAUUGGGACUCAGUCGACUAUUAUGCCGUCGACCUGAUUGACAAUAUGCUUAAAGUCGACGUUAACAAGCGCUUGACUGUUGAUCAAUGCCUUCAGCAUCCCUGGAUCACUGGAAUCGACCCCGAAGACCCCGGCAUCGCGGACAGCACCGAUGACCUAGCUGGGGCUAUCCGUGGCCUCAAGGUCUCAAAAGAGCGUCGAGCAACUAUGGUCCGCAGGCUACUAAGUGAUAUACAUGAAGUUACAGUCAAACAAGUAGUGAAGACAAAGGAAGACGACCCUGCCUCCCAGAAAAUAACUAUAUACCAGAAUCAUCCUGUGGCCCGGGCCCAGGAACCCAAGCCGGCUGCCAACCGGAACUCAAAGGAGUUCAUGGAACUCGGUGGAAGUGGAGACCAGGUGUUAUUCGAUGACCCAUCUGAUAAUGAUUCGUUGGAACUUGAAGGGGAGACACGGAAGCCGGUUAUUCACCAGGAAGACGCAGACGAGACUCCACGAGGGCGAAAGAGGUAG